AUGAAAAAAUAUUUGAAACGAAAAACUUCACCAUCAACCGGUAAUAAUGAUGCAUCCAACAAUGUGAUUGAUGUUAACGAUCUUCCUUGGGAUCCAUCAGAGAGACCAAAAAUUAUAACUUAUAACCCAAAUCAAAGAGAUGAAAUUAGACGAAAAUACUUGUGGUUGGAAUACAGUGUUAAAAUAGAUAGAGCAUAUUAUUUGCCUUGUUACUUGUCCAGAGACCAAGGUGGGAAUCAUAGGACAGAUGCAUUUGUGGCGGAGGAAUUCAUAUUGUCUGCUUUAAGUCUUAAAUCUGCCCUGGUUGCUUUAUUUGCAAAACAUGGAUUGAGUUUUACAAAGGUAAGAGGACAAGAUUAUGAUGAUGCUAGAAAUAUGAGUGGUAAGUUUAAUGGGUUGAAAGCUUUGAUCUUGAGUGAUAAUGACUCGGCAUUUUAUAUACAUUCUUUUGCCCAUCAACUUCAGUUAGUAGUUGUGGCGGUUGCAAGAAAAACACGAAGGUGCUUGAAUAUAUCGAAGAUGAUGAUGAUAAUGGAGCUAGUCGGCUUCAAGCAAGAGAUCCGAGAGUUUGGUGAUCGUUUUGAUGAGAUAAGUACCGACUUGCUUCAAAAUAUGGCAGCUUUGAAUCCACGCAAUUCAUUUUCUCAGUUUAACAAAUUAAGCCUAUUGAAGUUGAGUCAGAUGUAUCCCCAAGAUUUUGAAGACAAGGAAAGGAUCAUUCUUGAGCACGAACUUGACAUCUACUAUCAUUCUGUUUAUAAUUAUGUCAGUUUUGCCAACUUAAACGGUAUUGCAGACCUCACCAGAUUGAUGGUGGCAACAAGAAAGCAUCUUUCUCAUCCUUUAGUCUACCGGUUAUUGAAACUAACACUGGUUUUUCCUGUUGCAACUGCUACGGUUGAAAGAUGCUUUUUGGCGAUGAAGUUUGUCAAGACAGAUUUAUAUAAUCGAAUUGGUGAUAACUUUUUCAAUUUUGCCCUCAUUUGUGCCAUAGAAAAGGAAGCACGUAGUAAUGUUAAAAACGAAGAUGUCAUUGAUCGUUUCCAAAACAUGAAGACACGUCGUGGAAAAAUUUAG